AGUCAGUGUGGGUUCUGGCGUGGUUGCCUCAAGUUCAACUCGCUCACUCUCUCUCUCUCUCUCUUUCUCUAUCUCUCAAACUGGAGUCUCCCCCACUGUCUCUCUCUCACUCCCUCCAGUCCUCCCCUCGUGUGGCAAAAGAGAAGCGGAGAGAGAGAAUUUUAACUUUGGGAGGGAAGGAAAAGAGGAGAGGAGCGAGUGAGCAACCUUGAAUGACCUCAACCAGACAAACCCAGGCCACCAUGACCUACAGUCGUCUGCUCCCCCUACUGGCUGCUCUCACUGUAGUCAUGGCGGCGCCCAACACCCACCACCGUCAGCGACAAGGGAACACCACUAAUCUAGGCGAUAAUUAUGAGUUUAUAUGCGAGUACCUGGCAAGUGGUUCGGUUCCGGUUACCAAAUACAGGAGCAAGAGGACCGGACUGCAUAUCGUGCUGGCCAGGGUCGAGGGGCCGCUGGUUAACGGAUAUUUCACGCUAGCCACAGAGGCCCAUGAUGAUGAUGGACUGCCUCACACGCUGGAACACCUUAUUUUCCUUGGCAGUGAGGAAUACCCGUACAAAGGCAUUCUCGACCUUUUAGCCAACCGGUGUCUUGCCUCGGGGACUAAUGCAUGGACAGACACAGACCACACAGCCUACACGGUCCAGACAGCAGGCAGUGAGGGCUUCCUGAACCUGCUACCCAUCUAUGUAGACCACCUGCUGUACCCUACCCUUACUGACUCCGCCUUCACCACAGAGGUCUACCACAUCACUGGGGAGGGCGAGGAUGCAGGGGUGGUGUACUCGGAAAUGCAGGGGAGGGAAAAUACUGACGGAGACCGAACAUUGAGGGCCCUCCUGCGUGCCAUGUACCCCCCCAGCAGCGGCUAUCGUUCUGAGACAGGUGGCAUCAUGAAGAAUUUGAGAGAAAGUACUACAAAUGAGAAGAUUCGGGCAUACCACAGGGCAUUCUACCGACCAGAGAACCUUCACAUCAUCGUCACGGGCAUGGUGGGGGCUGAGCAGGUGUUCCGAGCCCUUGAGCCGAUUGAACAGAAGAUUAUUGCAAAGGGAAAGCGCCCCCCCUUCACCCGGCCCUGGCAGAGCCCCGUGCCACCACUUCAGGCGUCAGUGGAUGAGCUGGUGCUGUACCCUAGUGACUCGGAGGACACAGGAGUGGUGCUGGUGGCCUGGCGGGGUCCCUCCUCCGUCACCGAGAUCACCGACCUGUUCAGCAUGUCAGUUCUGAUGGAGUACCUCACCCACUCCUCCAUCUCUCCGCUGCCCAAGAUCUUUGUGGAGGUGGAUGACCCGUUAGCCAGCAGUGUCCACCACAGCUGCUUUGAGAACUCAAUUUCCACAUGCUACUUUGGGUUCUACGGUGUGCCUAAGGACAAGGUGAACAGUGUGAGCCCGCUGCUGAUGGACACCCUCACCAAGAUUGGGUCUGGGGAGAUGACCAUUGACAUGGACACCAUGAAGGACAUCCUCACCAACCUCAUCCUGCUGCAGGACUCCAGCCUGGAGACUGUGCCCCACGACACCAUCGCCAACAGUGCCAUCGGAGACGUCCUGUAUGGCAACUCCUGCCACCAUCUGGACCUGCGGCUGAACAAGAAGGCUUGGUACGAGACACUGCUGAACCAGAAGUCGUGCCAGUACUGGGCGGACAUGCUGUGCAAAUACUUCCUUGAGGGUCACUCAGUGGUGGUGCGCGGCGUGCCCUCCAUGGCUGAGGCUGCACGGCUUGAAGAGGAGGAGAAGAAGCGUGUGGAGGCCAGAAAGGCGGAGCUGGGCGAGGAGGGGCUCAAGAUGUGGAAGGAGAAGGUGGAGAAGGCUAAGGAGACAAAUGAGAUCCCACCUCCUAAAAACAUGCUGGAGUUGGUGCCCGUGCCAGGGUUGGAUAGCAUUCACUUCCACCCACUCACGGCCUACAACAACCACCAAGAGUCCAGUCCGCUGCCUUCCGCCUCCGCCUCCUCCUCCGUCUCGUCUCAGAUUGGCCACCGUCUCAAUUCCCUUCCCAUUAAGUUCCAGCUUGAUGAUCUCCACUCAAACUUCGUGUUGAUGGCAGCAAUCCUGGACACCUCAAAAGUACCCCCAGAGAAGCUUCCCUACCUCACACUGCUGCUGGACUUGAUCUUUGAGUCGCCAAUCAACAGGGACGGGACUGUGGUGCCUUACGAGGAGGUUGUGAAGGACCUGGCCGCCGACACCCUAAGCCGGGAUGCAAGUGUGGGGUUGGUUCUCCGCGGUGGCAGCAAGUUCUCCUGCGGUUCGUUCUGCAAUAAUGUAGCAGUGGUUCUUAAGGUUGAGAUGCCCAAGUACAAGAAAGGGGUGCAGUGGCUGAAGGAGGCCCUGUACAAGAGUCAGUUUGUGGGUCAGCGGGUCAAGGUGAAGGCCAACAAGCUCGUCAACUCCAUCGGUGACCUCAAACGAUCGGGUCCCAAACUGCUUAACCUCAUGUUCAACAAUAUUAUCUUUAAGAACGACACUAACAAGAACCAGCAGGGCAUUCUGAAGCAGGAGAAGUUCUUAAACGCACUGUUGGAGAGAUUGGUGACAGAGGAGGAGGAGGUGCUGAAGGAACUGGAGGAGGUGCGACAGGCGAUUGUGGCCCCGGAGCGAGUCACCAUUCACAUGGCCACCAACCUGGAGAGGCUGGCCGUGCACAUGGACCCGUUGGAACCUUGGGCUGAUUUUGUCGAGGACCGGAAGACGAACGUGGGAAAGGAGAAAUUCCUCAACGUCGUCCCGGACAGCUCCAUGCAGUCUUACGAAAACCUGGGCGAGUAUACUGGGUUUCUGAGUGGCGUGGGGUCUGUAGAGUCAGCCUACCUGGUGCAGGCCACGAGGAGCAUCACGGAGCACAGAGAUUGGGACCUACCGGCUCUUCUCACUGCCAUCCAGUACCUUACGCAGCUGGAGGGCCCAAUGUGGAAGGAAAUCAGAGGAAGAGGUUUGGCUUAUUCUGCAAACCUUUACUUGAAUCCUGCCCAGGGUCUUCUGAUUUUGAAGCUAUUAAGGGCGGCCCAGCUUACCAGGGCUUACGAGGAGGCCCUGGGUAUCAUUAAAUCCCACAUCAAUGGCACCACCAGCUGGGAGGACACCCUGCUGGAGUCUGCCCGGAGCUCUCUGAUCUUUGAGGUGAUAGAGCGGGAGGCUGUGGUGUCCGACGUGGCCCAGCAGUCCCUCCUCUCCUACUUCAGGAAGGUGCCGCAGACUUACACCAAAGAGCUGAUCGACCGCAUCUCCAAGGUGACCCUAGAGGACGUGAAGCGUGUGGCCCUCAAGUACUUCACCCCCCUAGUGCAGCCUGACACCACCAGAACUGUCAUAGUGUGUCACCCCUCAAACGUGGAGGAGACCGUGACGGACCUGGAGAAAUUCGGACACAAGCUAAAAGUGGUGGAGUCGCUGGAAAGCAGUAGAUUUGCAUAAUGGAUGGGAGUGGAGACGCCCACCAUUACCUCUACCAUCACCACCAUCACCAUCACCAUCACCACCACCACCACCACCACCACCAUAUCAGCUGAGCCAAGGGUCAUAGGGAGAAAGUGCACAGGUUACAAGUUACAAGUGUUUUCUUUGAGGUUGUGUGGGGGGGAAGAGUUGGCGACCAUCAUUUGAGUCACUUCCACCUGCUGUGUUUGUGUUGCCGCUCAUGGAGGCCGCCCAAGUGUUUGUUGGGAUAAUUAUACAGUGGUUCUUUUUUUUUUCUGUUUUUUUUUUCAUUUUGAUUUUUUUUAUAUAUUUUUUUCUAUCACUAGUUUUUUUUGUGUGAUUAUUAUUAUUGUUGUUAUUAUCAAUGCUACGUAUUUUUUUGCACUAGUUUUGUUUUAUCUAGUAUUGCACUUUGCACAGUAUUAUCACAAUUAUUAUUAUUAUUAUCAUUAUUAUUCACUUUGCAUCCACACAAGUCAUCUAUUUAAUUCUAUUCAAGUGUUUAUUCAGAGUUUUUUAAUAUUUUGUAUCAUUUAUAUGCAGUUGUUUUUAUUAUUACCAUUGUGAAUGUUAUGUUCUGUCAUGACUCUCUCAUUGUGACCUGGAAAGUCUCACAGCAAAGUAGCCAAAGUCAUUUUUUAUCAUUAUUAUUUGUGCUGUGGGUCGUGUUUUUUCGUUACUGUUGUUCGUGUCGCGUGUCAGAAUGAUUGGCCUGCACGAGAUGCACAAGAUAUGGGAUUUCUUUUCUAUCAUUGGGCAAACCAAACACCAAACACAAAACAUGAAAGAAACGCAUCAUUCAGUCACCGCCAUCUGAGCAAAGCAUGUCAUUUUUAAUAGACAAGAAAUCCAUUAUCUAAAAAAAAAAAAUCUAAACAAACAAGACAUCAGGUUCGGAAAUUUGAUCUUUUCUUUCAGCAUAAAACAAAUCAUCAAAACAAACAAGAAUUCAAUUUUUUUUCCC